AUGCAGCAGUCCCACGACGACGAGGAUUCCUCAUUUCUGUCACUACCACCACAGCGGACUGAAGACGGACGUCACCUCACAUUCGCCGAGACCUACGAGCUCCUUCUAGCAGCGCGACUCGAGAGACAGGGUGGGAAGGCACACCGUGGAGAGACAAAAGAUGCGGAAUGGCGGCCAGCAGACUGCAGUCGGGCUGUCAAGCUUGCUGAGGAGCGUCUUCGCAUGCGUGUCCCGGUGAAAGCAUUGGCAGGGCAAGGCAAAAGCAGGGAAGUGACAGAGAAGAACUCCAACACUGAAGGAAAUCAGGAAUCCGAGGACAAUGGUGCAGCGCGAGGCGCUGAGGCGGCUCAAGAAGAAUUGCCUGGUUGCACUAAGGAUAAGACUGGUCACAGCGAUCUCGACGACAAUGACACUACAACAGAUGGCGGACUCGAGCCAGUCGAUGGCCCUGACGAGCGACUUCGCACACCACCGCCUGAGGAAGAGCUGGAGUCAAGUCCACCGCAGUCACCCCAGUCGAUCGAGCAAGGCGUGGGUGGCAUUCCGCGCCGUGAGAGUGAUCAGCACGAGGAUACCAGCAUGUUCAGCUUUCGCCGAGGUGGUCUUGGUAAUCAUGAUGACGCGAGUGAUGAUGAUGAGGAGGAUGAGGAGCUGGAAUUUGGUGGAUUCGAAGACCAUGGCGGUGGCUAUGAAGAGGACUUUGGCGCAAAUGGGUACGACAGCGACAAUGAUGAUACAAGGGGACCCAUGUCGGACGCACGUGGCCAGCCGAGUCCCGUCACGACCCCACGCGCGCAGCUUCCGUCAGCCCACUCGUACCUGCGACUUCUCGAGGGUGUGGGACAAACAUCACAACAACCACCGAAACAACACCUGCUGCCGGCGAAGACAUCCCCGGACCACCCAAAACUCGCUCAUACCGAGAAACACAAGAAUCCACCUAAGCACGACCACAUCCCAUCCGCCAACAUGGAUAUCCAACCGCCUGACUACAGCACGCAGAAGCGACGACGCGCACCUUCUCCAGAAUACAACCCGACGCCACCAAAAGCCGAUGGCUUCGUAUCGAGGUUCAAGCGCGCCCGUCUUGAUCGACUCGCAUCAAGCGACAAGGCUGUUGCGCCCGACUUGGAUGUGCCGCUGAGCUUUCUCUCCCUCUUCACCCGCCGCAUCUCCAGCCGUGAUGGGACUGUCGUCUGCCACAACACGCCGCUCGACAGCGAGCACCCGGAGCACUGUACAGUGCUCAUCUCUCCACAGGCCCUCCCCGACUUUGACAUGACACCAACCUGGCUGCUCGCUGAAGUGCAGUUCGAUACGACGCCGCCCUCGGUUUUGGUCCACUCAUCGAGCGACACACUCUCUAGUGGCACGCGAAUAGCCAUCGCGGGAGUCCUUUCGCGUGUGCUGCACCCCUCCGAGUCAACUCUGCUUAAGUCAGUCCAAACCGAGGAUUUGCAACUCGUGGCGCUCCCCAUAGCCAAGGACGAUCACCAUGCCGAAGACGAGGACGAAGACGGUGACCAGGAUGAGAACAGUGCUGUGAGACAAGACUUCCUCAAAUGCUGCGCCGUCAAUGUGCAUUUGAACACCAUCUCCACCGCACCGCUCAAGGCUUUCCUCUGGGCAUGGUCAGGUGCACUUGCAGCUAUCUCGACUGAACUGGCUCGAUCCUCCGAGGCCAGACGGGCUGUGGAAUUGCCGCAUCUUGCACCAUUGCCAAUCGGGACUCGUGUCGAGACCAGAGACUCAUCCAAGGCACUCGCUACCUGUGUCUCUACAUGUCAUGAUGAAGUCGCCGCCCUAGACUCGCAUUCAGACAGCACCUGGAGCUACCGACGCGAACUCAGCGAGAUUCGCAAGUGCACUCGCGUGGCCCUCACCUUUCACUCAGCGGAAUCCCCUCCUAUCGAGCAGCAGCGUACCACAACCGAGUACGACAAGAAGAUCGCCUCGACUCAAGACUACCUUGCCACGCUGUCGGACUCGGAGAGCGAUGAAAUCACGCGGUUGGAGCAGAAGAUCAAGGAUCUCGAGCGAGACAAGGCGGCCGCUCGACCUCGACGAGAUCAAGAAGCUUCCUAUCGCAAGAGCAGCACACAGCUACUGGAAGAGCUGGAGACGUGGAUAUCGCUCAGUCAGGGUGAAGCCGAGAAGGACGAGACCGUGCGGCAGGAAUACAAGAACCGGGUUCUUGGCCGUGUUACAGAGGCUGUUGAAUCUGCGCAGCGAUUACUCAACGUAGCAGCUCAGAGUAAGGUGGGGUGA